GAGCUGUCAGAGGGAGAGAGAGAAACGUACGGCACCUUGCCAGGCUAGAGAUGGGGCUGUAAAUACAGAGAGCGGCAGGAGGCUGUCGCAUUACCGGGAAACUGACCUUCCUCAGCGACACUGCUUUCACUUGAGAGUGGGAUCAAGUGGCCCGACCGGACGCUGGCCAUGGAGCGCAAGAGCCCGCGGGAACCGGACACCACCGCUCCGCGAGACCUCGCGUGAGCCAGGCGGCCGGAGAACAGAGGUUCGAGCUUCAACUGGACAUUGACCAGCAGCACGGGCUCGACCGCCGGACACCGAGAGGGACAGUCUGACGAGCCUUUCAACGCUUAGGUUUAUUUUUAAUUUCACUCUUCCCCACCUCGUUUUUUUUUCCACCUUCGGUCCGACGACAACACUUGUCUUCCGAUUCCAAGGGAAUACAUGAUCUUGUAAGGAGUUGGCAAUCUGCUUCUCUGAAAUAGAAGUGCUGGAACUGUAGAAUCCCAGAUAUUUUCAUGAUGAAAAAAAGUAGAAGUGUCUUGGCAGUAAGUGCAGAAGAUAAUGGUAACGAAUUCCCAGAACAUGGUCUUAGCAAAUCUUAUACUUCUUCUGGAACCACGCUUGGAGUAGAUUUACGAAGAGGGAGAAGAAGAUUCUCUGGUAAUCUUCAAUUGCCACCAUUGGCUUGGAGGCAGGGGGAAAGAGCGAAGACUCCAGAAAGAGACAGCAUACCAAGGCCGACCACUUUACCAUUGCAAACACCUCCGCGGAUAGCUAUUACACCUGUGGACCAAGAUUGGUAUCUAAUAUUCAGGAAGAAAUGCAUAUUAAACCAGACUCGAGCUGCAGCCCUGGAAAUCCUUUCUCUGGGAUGUGUAUUUUAACUGUUUACAUUUCAUUUAUCACUUACCCAACAGCCUAGAUUAUUCACUCAAG